AUGGCUCAGAUAAAAGCCAGGAGGAAAGCGGCGAAAAUGUUGGUGGCAGUUGUGGUCAUGUUCGCACUGUGCUUCUUUCCCGUGCACCUGAUGAACUUGUUGAGAUUUACGGUGGGCAUUCAACAGUCGCAGGCAACAGCUCUAGUUUCAAAUUUAAGUCAUUGGCUGUGCUAUGCUAACAGCGCAGUGAACCCGCUGAUAUACAAUUUUAUGAGUGGCAAAUACCGUAAUGAAUUCAAACGGUUGUUCCUUUGCUGGGGAUCGCACAGGCAGAAUCGCCUGCGCCGUGCAGCACACACGUCCCGAAGUGGCACGUACAUUUGCCGAUUCACGAUGACCACAAUGAAGACAGACAAUGUGAGCUUUGGACUGUCGCCUGAAGACAUUCAGUGA